CCUGAGUCGAUGUCUGAACGUGUACAUCUGCCGUUUACUGAUAUCGAGUCCACAAUGGCAGACGAAAACGCGAAUGGAGGCAGAGAGUUGCAAGCACUACCUGAAAGCAAGAAGACCACCAACUGGUGGCGCCGCGUUGUUGGAUUGACAUGGGAUUCUGUGGAAGGAGAUGCCAGAAACAGGAAAUAUGUUCAGAAGCUGGAUACCUUUCUAUUCUCAUAUAUCUGUCUCGGAUACUUCAUCAAAUAUCUCGACCAGCAAAACUAUAGCAAUGCGUUCGUCAGUGGCAUGAAAGAAGAUCUUCAUCUCAACGGCAACGAACGUAACUGGCUUGUCACUUACUUCAAUCUCGGUGUGAUUAUCGGGACGGUUCCUUCUCAAAUGAUCCAGCUGAAAUACGUUCGUCCUUCCAUAUGGAUACCGUCCUGUGAAAUCAUGUGGUCUGUAUUGGUGAUGGCAAUGGCUGGGGCAAAGAAUAUCGAGACUCUCUAUGCCCUGCGGUUCUUUGUCGGCCUGCUUGAGUCUUGCUCGUUUCCUGGAUAUGCCGCUCUUCUGGGAGGAUGGUAUGGCCCCAAAGAACUCACCAAAAGAGUCGCGAUUUUCGAGCAAACAAGCGCCAUAGCCAGCAUGUUCAGUGGCUAUCUACAGACAGCUUUGUACGAAGGCAUGAAUGGUACGCAUGGGCUUUCGGGAUGGAGAUGGCUGUUCAUCAUGGAUGGGAUUAUAUCCAUCCCCAUCGCAAUCUGGGGGUUCUUCGCCAUUCCGGACCUACCACACACGACCAAGGCUUUUUAUUGGACCAAAGAGGACAAAGAAUACGGCAUCGAGCGUAUCGAGACAAUCGGGCGAGGAGCUCCCCGCCGUUUGACCUUGCAAGCGUUGAGAGGCGUCUUUCUCAACUGGCGCCUUUGGGCAUUCAUCGCACCAUACCUAUUCGUUGCCAACGCCGCCCUCGGCACGAACUAUUUUAAUCUCUGGCUCAAGGCUGUAGGAUACUCUGUGGCGCAGGUCAAUGUGCUUCCAACUGCGGGGAAUGCUCUCAGUGUCGUCGCCGCAUUUCUCUUCGGUAUCAUCGCUGAUCGUACAGGACAUCGACUUCUGAUGCUUGUCAUCAUUGAACUGUUGAUGGUUGUGUCAAACAUCAUGCUCUCGAUUUGGCACAUUCCCAAAGCUGCCUUACUGUUCAGCUUCUACCUGUCGUACGUCGGCGGGGCUGCUCAGCCGAUCAUCAUCGCUUGGGGUAAUGAACUUAACGGACAUGAUCCAAACCUGAGGCAGCUGCUCGUUGCGACAGGGAAUAUUUUCACAUACACCUUCUCGAUGUUCAUCCCAUUGGUGCUUUUCCCGACAUAUGAUGCCCCGCACUAUAAGUAUGGUUACCAGAUUCUGAUCAUGUUCGGCGCUCUUGCCAUCCUGGCUGUUUUUGUCUUGGAGUGGCAGCAGAAACGGGAAAAGCCCACCAGAGAAGGUCGGAAAAGCGCUGUUGUCGAGGUAGGUGUCUUCGGUAAGCUGGACGACGAGAGAGACUCGGACGCAAGGAAGAUCGCGUCAAGUUCGGCCGUCGAACCUUCGACAAUCACAGAAUAGCCACAACGAUGGGAUGCGUGUAGGGUGCGAUAUUAGAAUCUUGCGAAACCUCACACAAGAAUGGUGCUACACAGCCGUACACACGACGCAGAUUGGAUGUGAACUGGAAUACCUCCCUAAGUAGCAUGCAAUAUGGGUCGGAUCUGGCGCUGGGGCGAUGAAAACAUGGAGAGAAAAGCACCACAUCAUGGCAGCAUAUAAUCUUGUGGCGUGCGGCUUCGGACCCAAGUCCUUCAUAGCCAACACUCCUGCAUUGCCGUGGCGCAGAUGAAGGUGGUCAACGGUGUAUGCAAAAGUAAGAUGAGAGGGUGAACCGUUCCAACAGGAACC